UCCCCGCGCCCCACGUCAACUCCACACAGCACCAUCGAGCAAGCAGCACAAGCGGCAGGCGCAUCCGAGAGAAGAGGAAGAGGAAGCGAAGAGAAGCCAGGACAAGGAGAGGAAGAGGAGAAGCAAGUUCGAUUAACAUGGCCAUGGCUGCAGCGGAGGGCAAGAGCCGGAGGUUCGCGCUGGCCUGCGGCGUGCUCAGCCAGUACGUGAAGGCGGAGCAGAUGAUGGCGGCCGCCCCUGCCCCGGGCCCGCGCGCACCGGCGACGACGCUGAGCCUCAUGCCCGGCGCGGACGUCGGCGCCGAGCAGGAGCCAACCGCCGCCGCUAGGGGGGAGGAGGCGGCCGGGCCCGCGUCCGCGUCCACUGCGGCGCCGCUCACCAUCUUCUACGGCGGGCGGGUGGUCGUGUUCGAGGACUUCCCGGCGGAGAAGGCGGCCGAGGUCAUGCGCCUGGCCGCCGGCACCGAGCGGGCGGCGGCCCCGGCCCCGGCCCCGCGCGACGACAUGCCCAUCGCCAGGAAGGCGUCGCUGCAGCGGUUCCUCGCCAAGCGCAAGGACCGCCUCGUCGAGCGCGCGCCCUACACCCGCCCGUCCCCGGCGGAGGAGGCCGAGAAGAAGAAGCCGGCUGCCUGGCUCGGGCUCGGGAGCGCGGACGCCGACCGCCUCGCCAUCGCGCUGUGAUUCGGAGCUCGCCGGGUUGCACAUGCUGGGGGAUUGGUUAGCACUAGUAGUGAUUUAAUUGGGCGGGUUCCUGGGGUUGGAAUCGGACUGGAUUUGAUCGAACGGAGCCGGAGCAUUUGCUCAUGCUCUUACAGAGACGGAGAAUUGUAGAGAUGUAUUCUUUUUUUACCUCUUCUUUAACAAGAGUGCUUUGCUCUUGUAACAUUCGAUAGAAAGAUGGAGAUUGAACAAUUCGUCAAUUUGUGCCUU